UGUGCGCGAAAACUUUGGCCAGCUGACAGACAGCACGAGAAUAUAUUGUCAAACGUAUUCGCACGGUCCACGCCACAAACAAACCGUUCGCGGUGUUUUUCCAUUUUAUACGAUUCGGUUCCACAAUGAACUUGUCAUACUUCAUACAUUUCGCUUUGCACCUGGCCAGCGGCGUUUUCGCAUUGAACAAUUCUGAUGUAUUUUUCGAUAACAAUCCACAUAAAAAACAUUUGUUUGAUGAUCUCUUGAGCAAUUACAACCGGCUGAUUAGGCCUGUUCACAAUCAUUCGGAAAAUUUAACCGUUUGGGUCGGCUUGAAACUCACUCAACUAACGGAAAUGAAUCUCAAAAGUCAAGUAAUGACAACAAGCGUUUGGUUGAUACAAAAAUGGUUUGACUGCAAUCUGAAAUGGAACCCCGACGAUUACGGUGGACUGGAAGUGCUUUACGUGCCAUCAGAUCACAUUUGGUUACCGGAUAUCGUUAUGUUCAACAAUGCCGAUGGAAAUUACGAAGUGACUCUCAUGACCAAAGCGGUUCUCAAGUAUACCGGUGAAGUUCUGUGGACGCCGCCGGCCAUUUACAAGUCGUACUGCGAAAUCAACGUACUUUACUUCCCGUUUGACGAGCAAAACUGUUACAUGAUGUUUGGCUCUUGGACAUACAACGGCGUUCAGGUGGACCUCAGGCACAUCGACCAAACGCCCGGCAGCAACCGAGUAGACGUUGGAAUCGAUCUCAGUGAGUUUUACUUGUCCGUCGAAUGGGACGUACUUGAAGUUCCGGCCUACAGGAACGAAGAAUACUAUCCUUGUUGUACGGAACCGUACUCGGAUAUUACUUUCAACAUAAAGAUGAGGCGAAAAACGUUGUUCUACACUGUAAAUCUGAUUAUUCCAUGUGUCGGCCUGACUUUCAUGACGGUUUUGGUGUUCUACUUGCCGUCCGAUUCCGGUGAAAAGGUAACUCUUUGCAGUAAUAUUCUCGUGUCGCUAACCGUGUUUUUCUUGCUUUUGGCUGAGAUUAUCCCUCCGACGUCGCUGGCAGUGCCUCUACUCGGUAAAUAUCUGCUCUUCACUAUGGUGUUGGUGUCCAUGUCCAUAGGCAUGACCGUGGUGGUUUUGAACAUUCACUUCCGGUCGCCUUCGACGCACACACUUACCCCGUGGGUGAGAACCGUGUUCCUCCACAUUAUGCCACAAAUACUGAUGAUGCGCCGACCGCCUUAUUCGCUGAUGACCAACGACGGAUACCAGAGUUCACCGGGAUAUUUCAACGAGUUGGAUUACAGAGAUAGCAUUAGCGACAGCGGUGGCACUGAUCAGAAAUCACCUUCAUCGUUGACCCAGAGACAUUGGUCGUUCAAAAGGAUCCAAUCGGUCCAACCGCACGUUUAUCCGGAUAACGUCCUACCGAAAACUAUGUCGCCAGAUUUGCUCAAGGCUUUGCAAGGAGUCUGUUAUAUUGCUCAACAUAUUAAAGACGCAGACAAAGACAAAGAAGUCAUUGAAGAUUGGAAGUACGUUUCCAUGGUGUUCGACCGGUUCUUUCUGUGGGUGUUCACGCUGGCUUGUAUCGUGGGCACGUGUGCUAUUAUAUUCCAAGCGCCUUCUCUGUACGAUCAACGAGCACCCAUCGAUUUCCAACUGUCUUCCAUCCCCAGACGCAGAAGCAACCUGGCUCUUCCUCACGAAAUCGAUUUCUACGAACGCACCUACGGGUCUGGUUGAACGCUUUUAGUAUAUUAUAGUGAAUUGACUUGGCUGAAUUUUGUUUUGUUCUAAAACCUUGCGAGGGUAUAGUGUAUACGGAUAAUGGAAACAAAAAUUGCAUAAUUAUAAACUUGAGGGGCAACGACCGGACAUGUCUAUUUUGAUCACAAAUAAGUUUUGGUGAAACAAACAGUAAAAUUACUAUUACUUACAAAGAUAAUACAAAACGCGUUUUCCCACCAAUGGUAGUAAAUGAGAAAAAUCAUUUUAUUUUAAUCGUCCCGAACAAUUUAAAAAAUGGACAUGGCUGUUGCCUCCAAGUCUUCAAUUAAUGAACAGCAUACAACAAUUUGUACAUACCUGCUAAGCACUAGCAUGAUAUUAUGAAACUAAUUAUUAUUUCAAUAUAAAUUUUUAAAAAAUAAUACAUUGUAAAGAUCAGUAUACUGACAUUUCAUGCUGGACAUAAGUCAAAUAAGACAAAUUCCUAUGAAUCAUAUAUUACUUUAUUGAUUACAAGAUUAUAAUAUGCAAGACUAAUGCACAAAAUAUAAUUUAAUUAAAAAACAACCAACGGCAUCUGAAUAAUUUCUUCUCGCUUAAAAAAUAAAUAUAAUUAACAAACAUUAAUUUUUCAUCGUUAUAAAAAAACAAACGUUUUGUUGUACCUACUGUAAUUAGUAUAUAAAUAUCUAAUUGAGAGCUUUACUAUUUAUUUUUAGCGACAAUUGUUUAAUUUAAAAAUAUUAUGCUGGAUAAUUUGUUUGUGGUUCUUUUUCGAGUAUUAAAAUUCUGAGUACGUUUUCUCUUAUCAUCAUUCAUCAGUUCGCCUUUUGGUGUACGUUAUACUUUAAUAUUGCAUAUGGAUAAGUGCAUAAAUAGUUGUGUACGCAUCAAACUCUAUGAUGAAAAACUCACGUCUGAACACAAUAUUUGCGAAUAACGACGAUAAAAAAUACAUAAAAAGUCUAACCGAUUGCCUGGAAAUAACGCAUACUAUACCAGAUAAACCAGUUGUUACAUACAUAGGCGAGCGUAGGUAGAAUUGUUUUUUAUAAUCUGGCAAGUCUCUCCUGAUGACUUUACAACUGCAACAAUAAUAAUAAUAAUAAUAUAGUUGACCUAAAAACAAAACAACUUGUUCCAAAUGGUUUACUUGGAUGUUAAACAUACCCAUUUCGUCUCCUUUGCGCCAAACGUGUCGUUUGCAUAGUGUCGGUGUUUUAUUAAAUAUUUUCUAUUAAACUUAUCCAAAGGAAUCAAAUUCAAUAUACUUAACAUAGCAACGCAAUUAUUAUUACACAACACGUGCAUAUUAAUAAUCUUGAAAUUCAUUGUCGUUCUCAAAAUAAUAACAAUAAUAAUAACCGUUCUUACGGCCUCCGCUUAAGUGCACGAUUAUUAAAACGAACGCGGUAAUAAUUAUAAGAGUAAGCGUUCAAGGUCACGUGGUAGGUUGUACACAAUAUUAUAAUUUAUAGUAGUUUUUAGCACAAGCUUUUGAGGCGUUCUAUUAUACUUGCGUUUAAAUAUAAUCACGAUAAACCAAACGACAUUGAUCUGUAACAUUUUUUUUAUUUGAAAAAAGUAUACUUCUGUUACAGUUCAUAAAAAAAAAUGUUGUAAUAUUUUUCGUAGAGUUGGGACGCGUUUAAAAGUAAAGCGGUUAAGUGAAAUAUUAGAACAAGACCUUAGAAAUAAAAUUAAGUGUAAAGAGAAGCUAAAUGUAAUCAAAAGCGGGCGAAUUAUCAAGAAUUAUAUUGAUAUUUGAUUUCAACACCAAUUACAAAAAUAAAAAAGUAUUGAAUUGCAAACACACACCCCUCCUCUUCAGAAUCAAGAAAAUCGCUAAAAAUUGUCAUACUUAUAGUAUUAAAAUACGACACGCCAGAGUAUACUCUUAUAAUACUUUAUUUUUGUUUUUCAGUUAUUUUAUUUUUUAAAAGCCCGUUGUAUACGUUUUGUAUUGAGGAAACCAAAAAAAAAACCUUUUAAGAUAAUUGCUGUACGCCAGUGUACUGUCGAGUGUCGUUAAAGCGAUUUUUAUUCAUACUUAAUGUUUGUAUUAUUUAUUAUUAUUUUAAGAAAAAUAGUUGGAAAUAUUCCCGUAAUAUAUUAACAAUUUUUUUGAAAAAUGCAUAAUCUCAGGCCAACAUUUUUUUUUUAAUGUUAAAAACGGGUUUGACAGUAAUUGUCGAACACAUGUCUUUAGAAAUGUUGAUACGAUUACAUAGACAACAUAAUUUAUAUAAUGGACCUUGUGGCCAUAUGCUCUUUUGGUAAUUCGAUAUAAUAUAUGCCUACCCUUUUUUACUAUAUUAUAUUGUACUAUGUAAUAUUUAUGUUAGUGAUCAUUUGGCGAGUAGAUGUAUUCUGAUGAAAUAAAAAAUAUAAACUUAAUGACACGACAUAAAACGCAUGUGUGUGUUUUAAUUGGAGUUUUUUUAAUAAACGGUUGUGUUGAGCCGUGUACAACCGUUUAUUAAAAAAAAAAUGUCUACAAGAAAAUAACUCGUACGAAGUGUGCCAAUGCCGAACAAUUCGGCAACGGAUGUUCUUAACGUCAUAGAACAGAACUUAAAAAAAAAUUCAUAUUAUACUGUGUUGUUACAUUUGUACCAAAAUCCAAGCCCAACAAAAGCUACAACUUUUGCGUUACUUCCAUAACACGAGUUACUAUUUUUUUAUAAUUUUUAAGAAACUUAAUUAUCUAUAAUAAUUAUAUUAUAGAUCCUAUCAAGUUACUUGAUAACAUACGAGAACGAUAGAAGCCAAUAUUGGAAAUAGGUGAUAUUUUUGAUAAAAUUGAGUUAAGUAUAUAAUCUGUAUUAAAGAGUUUUGUAUGAAGACAUUUUAAUAUAAUCGGUUAUCACAAUCUACAAACUACACGAUAAUUAAACUAAUCAGUGGUUUUCCAAUAUCUCCAUACAAAUUGUCAUAUUAUUAUAACAUAUAAUAGGAGAUAAUGAAUAAUAAGACACCUAAUAUAAGAGAUUAUAAAAGAUGAACAUAAAAUUGUAUUAACAAAAAUGUAAAACAAAGAUUAAUAUAAAAGCUUUAAAGGUUCUUUUGGAAUCUUUUGUUAAUAAUAUUGUGUUUUUCACAUUUAAAUUUAGUUAAGAAAAAUAUCUUCUGUUAGGAUAUAUUUUGUAUGAGCACUAUUUGAAUAAUAUAUUAUUAAAUAAAAAAAAAUAAUACAUUAAUCGAAUAAAACAAAAAUUGUUUCUAUUCAUUUAAACGUUAUUAUAUUUGUUAUAAUUGUUGUUCAUUUUUUAAUUAAAUUUUACUCACAUCUGUCUGUGUGUAAUUUUAACAUAACGAUUAGUGGAAAUCAAGUAACACGUCUAACAUUGCAAUGAAGUGCAAACAAUACCUAAUAUACAGUCGAGGCCAACCAACUUCUAUUUUAUUUACUCGGAGCAUCUUAAAUAAUAGACAUUUUAAUUUUUAAAGUAGUUCUUUUUGGUUAAACACAAAUAACUAAGACCGCAUACAAUAAAGUAUUAAGUCGUUUUUAUUAAAUUGCAUAUUUUAUAUAUUACCUAAACGAACAGUUAGCAAAAUAUACACUGUAACUCUACCCAGAUAAAUAAUAAUUAUGUGCCUGUACAAUAAAGUAUGUUUGUGAUUUGUUUGAAAUACAACAUUGUUGACUUAAUAAACUUAGCUUUUCUCCUCUUGUGAUUUAAUAAAAACAAUAAAAAAAGUCAACAAUUUUUUUGUUAUUGCUGUUUGCAUAGUUCAAUUCCUGCGCCACGGUUUUUACAGUAUAGAUUAUAAUAUAUUAUAAUUUGUUGUUUUUUUUUAUUAUUCUAAGCUAUUAUUGUCGUAACGAGACAAAAAGAAAAAACAGUCACGAGAAAAAAAUUACGUUUGUACGUUAUCCAGUUGUUAAUAAUAAUAAAUUUAACAAUGUGAGGAACGUUUUUCCCGUUAUUGUUUAACGUUUAACUACUUUUACAUACACAACAUAAUUGAGAUUGUGAGCUUACCCGGGCUGUAUCUACUGUACAAAUAAUUAUAUACCGCAAUUCCUAUUUCUACUUGUAUACUAAUAUUUUUUGUAUAAGCGACUAAAGUUUAAGAUAUUUUUUUUUUACGGUUGAAUGGGGAAAAAUAUAAACAAACAACCCUUUACCUAAUAUAAUAUACUAUUGUGUAUUAAGAAUAUUAUGUUGUUUACUUGUUUUAUUUGAAAAAUAAAUUUAAUAUGUGCCAUAAUCUAUACAUUAUUAGAUAAAUUAAUAGUUAUUAU